AUGGCCGAACAAAGACUUCCACAAAGUAUACUGCCUCCUCCAUGGCAGCUCUAUAUCGACAAGCUGGAUGACAAGCUUAGACGGCGCAAACGUUUGGAUAUUUUAUAUCAGCUGCCCGCGUACGGCUUGUUUCCAUUCCAACAGACAACUAUUAACAACACCGUCGCCUGGAAAGUACGUCUCGGCGAUCGCAGGCAAAGCAACGGAGACAAGAUUGCUUCCUACGCGUACAUCUUGCUUGAUCAUGAUGACGUUCAGCCACCCGUUGUUUUCUCCGAUGAGUUCACAGGCUCUCAGGGCGAGCUUCGCAGCUACCCACGGUCAGCAUCGUCGCUACUCAGAAGGGCGCAAGACUUGAAAGAGCCAUUCUGCUUCCUACAGCACUAUCCUGCAGACAAAGUCGAGAACAUACGCGGAAUGAUCUGCUCACUUAUCGCCUACUACUCUCUUAUCGCGGGCGUGAGUGAUUGCGCCAUCCAAUGGCACCAGUUCUACCCAAGUCUUCUUGACGCUUUAGACUACGUCGGCGCCUGGAUGGGAACAAAAUCGCUCAUACAGGAAGAUGUUGAUAACACAAUAUCAUCCGUAGAUUUUGAUGAUCAAAUAAAGACUCCAGAAUCACGUUUGGGGGUGAAGGCAAAGAGUGCUCCCACCGAUUCGCUAUUAGAGGUCAGUACCGCUGGGAUUCAGCCACCACAAGCCAUGGGCGAAAAUAAAAAGCAGGGCGGAGUUGUGCGUGCAGCCGGAAGUUCUAUUGAUGCUGGACCCGAUACCAGUCUGGGAAAAAUUAUGGGGUGGCUUGGCUCCAAGGUUCGGUCUCUGGACAACCUGCCAAAAACUCCGGUUACAAUCACGCGUCAGUCCCUUUAUCCAGCUUACUGGCCCUAUCGCCUUCAUAUCGGUACACAUCGGUGCAAUACUCCCCAUGGCAGCUUGUCCAACGUGUAUGUUUACUAUACUCGACAGAGAAGGCCUAAGCCCAGCAUUAUGGUUCACGCCGAUGAGAACGGAGAGAUAAUCCCACGGACAUUCGAAGGAAUUCAGGGUAUCAAUCUUUGUGAGCCAUUUAUUCAACUGGUGCAGCCAAAAAUGAAAGACAAAGCCUACGAGUGGAUGAGAAUUCGUUACUUAGUCCAGUAUUACUUCGCUGUUGCAGCACAUGAUGGACUGGUCGAAGAACUGCCAAUCGAUCUCUCGUACUCUGCAGUUCAGAUUUUUACUACAGUUUGUAAGUCUUUUAAUAAGAAUGGAGAUGGCCCACCGAUGGCUGGAACAGAUACUCCGAGUGCAAAGAUCAGUACAAACCCACUGCCAAGAGCAACGCGCAGCAUGAACAACGAUACAACAGGAUUUACAGAGGACCGAAAUGACAUCGAUAGCCUAGAUACUCCCGAGCUGAGCCAUCCGGAAGAGUCUAUGAAGGCAGCUGUAGGUGCGAAUCGGUCGAUGGUCAUUCAGUUGCGAGUCAACCGAGACCUACUUGCACAGGUUGUAGGACUCACCUCCUCAGCUCAUGCAUCAGCGAUUGAGAGUUCCGAGUCUUCUUCGAGUCCCGGUAAUAUAACAGGCAGUGGGUCACAUACUCCAUAUCAACGGCAGGGCCUUGGUGUUUCUGGUAUUCAAUCUCCAGUUACUACCGAGGGCACACCCAGAGUAGAUACGAGUGCUCUGGCUGUCGCCCGGAACCAGAUACACGUCAAGGAUUUAAAUGGAUCGUACCAAGGGAACUCCAUAGCAAGUCCCAACAUCCGUUCCGUUGUCCGGAAAUUUGGCAAUACCUGUGACGGGAACGAACAGCACCGCCUCGAUACCGCAAGCCAAUCGCCAUCAAGAGUCGUCGGCGGGAGAGCCAAUUUCCAUCCCGGGCACUCGGGAACAAUCAAAUUCUGCAAAGAUGAAGAGGCUGAAAGCGUUAUCCGGGGUGAUGUUGAUAGUGUGGGAGAAGUUGAUGCAGAACCCGAAGUCGAGGAGACCCUGGGUGCCGUACAAUCAUCAGCAGUCAGAGGCGUCAAACGCAAGAGAAAACAGAUACAAGGAAGCGAUACCAGUGACAGUGGAUUGGAAAUGACGGACUGCAAGGAAUGGCAAAGGACCGUUAUGAGGCGGUCGCAGACAAAUUGA